AUGGACACCACUCUGGACCAGACGAGGUCUCCCGAUAAUGUGAACGACCUUUUUGACUACGAUGUGGGAUUGGAUGAGAUUUUCCAAGCAAAGGCCGUUUCCAAUGCCGAUUCCUCUAAACCCACAACUGGCAAUUCUGCCGCACUGGGGCUGGGUCUGGAUGAAGAAGUUAAAGUGACGAAGAAACGGCAACCAAUCGCGAAAUUGGAUGAAGAACGUCUUCUAUCACAGUCGGGGAUUCCGAAAUUACGGCACAUCGCGAAGCAAAAGCUCAGGUUCAAGGGCAAAGGGCACGAGUUUUCGGAUGCGGCACGGCUUCUGAGCUUCUACCAGCUCUGGCUUGACGACUUGUUUCCACGCGCAAAGUUCGCAGAUGGGUUGACUAUGAUAGAGAAGCUGGGACAUACGAAGCGUAUCCAAACAAUGCGCCGGGAAUGGAUCGAAGAAGAGAAGCCAAGGCGAUUGGGUGAUCAUGAACCCUUACAUUACUUGUCAGAUGGAAAGGCUCUCCCAAUCAAGGCUUCUUCGGAUUACCCUAGUGCCGGACAUGCAGAGCCCCAGGAUCAACCCUCAGAAAGACGACCGCAACACACAACAAGCACGCCAGGGAUAGCAGACCAAGAUCUCUUCAUGCCGGAUCCGGAGGGACAAGCAAGACCACUCAUCAGUCAUCCUGAAUCAGAUUAUGAUGAUCUUGAUGAUCUUCUUCGGGAGCAAGAUGAUUACAUGUCUGGGGAACCUGAUCCAGUCGGAAACGCACCCAACACAGAUGCCGAUAGUUUUGAUGCUGAAUACGAAGCUAUGCAGGAAUUUGGGAUGUAA